AUGCCUCCGAUAUCCUCUCAGCGUCGAGCCGUGACCGAAGAGAUCUCAUCUCUUUCAGACGAUGAUGUCGGCUUUCUCUAUCAGGUUAUCGCUGCCGCCGAGACAAAACCCGAAGCGGAUCGACUCCCAUUCCGGGCGCUCUUCGAAGCAUACGACGAAGUCAUUGGCGAACAUGGCGUCAACGCGGACCCGGGCCAUGCGUGCCUGCGCUUCCUGUUCAAGAUGGGAAGCAAAGGUGUGCGCGGCGAAACUCUCUUCGACAAAUUCGAGAAUGCGCUCCAACAGAUGGGAAUCGUGAUCGAGAUUGGCGAGGACGGCUCUACGAACCUCAAUGAGACACAUGACUAUGAUCAAUAUACAGUGGAUGUUACCCACAGCCAGACGGUUGACCAUGACCAUUCUCCAAUUACGAAUGGAGUACCACCGACACCCAAGCGGCGCGCAUCGUUCAAUACUACGUACGAUAUUGGCGAGGAUGCUACACAGAGAAGUCUAAUGAAUCGCCCCAGCUCUCGAUCGUCAAUGUCGCGACUUGAAAUUGGCAAGCCCGAGUUUUCUAAACCAAAACUGUCACCUACCUCCAGGCAUGAUUUCGGGCCUACCAAAUCACCAGAUCGGACACAAUUAAUCAGCCAGUUCCUGGAUGUUGGUCGGCGAUUGCUUAGCAGAUUUGACGGAACAGAAAACAAGCACGGAGUCGCGGAAGAACCCCCCUUGACUAAUGGAGUGGUUGCGAGAUCGGCCGUUGCUCGUGAUCGUUCGAAGAGAAUGGCUGAAGCCUCACGUCCCCGUCGUCCACCCUCGUACAAUUCUUCAGACACCUCCGAGUCUGAAGAUGUGCAAUCGAUCAUGUCGCAGAGCCCAGAACACGAUUCUUUUGACAAAGAAGAGGUGCCACCACAGUUCAUUUAUCGCCCGCAACUUUCGGAUCUACUUCGGGAUGCAUCGACCUUCAACAUGUACCGACAGCGAUCGAUCUGCCGUCGAAUUUUGACACAAUGGCUGAAGAAAGCCUUCCAAGCGCGACAGACUCGCCAAACCAGGGAAACACUUGCCGUCAAUUACGACCGAAGCCUUCUUCUCCGACAAGCCUUUGAUCCAUGGCGAGGAGUAAUUCAAGAAAAACGCCACUCGGCUCGAACAGAUCGAUUCUUCAAGCACCUUGAAGCGCGUGCCAGUCGCGCACGGGAUUUAUAUCUAAUGACGAAGGCGUUCAGUCACUGGGCCCAACUUACGUCGGAAGAAGUAGCUCGGACCUCUGCUGCCCGGAGACAUGUACUUGGUGUCAAAUAUUUCAAUGCGUGGCGCGAGAUCACUGCUGUCAAUGAGUUGAAGGCUCAGCGUUUUGCGCUACGGAGGCCGUUUAAUGCGUGGCGGAAGAAGAUCCAAGAUUUGAAGGCAGCAGAGACCCAAGCAGUGGUUGUACGCAACACAAAGAUUCAAAAAGCAUCAUUUUGGGACUGGUGGUGGUGCUUCUGCGACCGACGUGUUCUUGAGGUAUCUGAUUAUCGACUCAAAAGACGGUCACUUCUUUCCUGGCUUCGAAACUUGCGAACCAAUCGAGAGCGCGACCAUGAAAUAGACCUGCACAACAAACGAUCAUCUAUGAAGUCGGUACUUCAGAUAUGGUCUCAUCACUCGAAAAUCAUUGCACUUGCAGACCAGGAAGUCCAGGCUUCUCGGCGCCAACAUGACCUCAGAGAAACCUUUGAUGAAUGGAGAAUUCAGUCUCGGCUGGCCCCGGCUGCUUCUCGGGUCUCUGGGAUGGUCGACGCUAGGAUUCUACGAAAUGCCCUUUCGAAAUGGAUUGGAACGGCCGAAAUGGUCAGACUGGCAGAAGAGGUAGAUCGCCAUCGAAUCCAACACAACGCGUGGAUCUCCUGGAAUGAUACGCUUCGGUGCUUGGCUCUUCGUGCUCGAAUUGACGAGCGAAUCAAAAUGGAGGCGAUGUACAAAUGGAUAUUGAUGGAAAGAUUUGAGCUGAUGCGACGGAUACGCGAGCAACGCAUCAAGCGGGAAGUAUUUUCUCGAUUUGUGACAAACACUCGGGAUACUUAUACCCGUUUACUGUUUCAUGCUGAAGCUCAUGAGGCUCAUCAGACCGAAAAUUUGGUUCGAUCUAAAUUUGCAAUUUGGCGUGAUCAAGUGCAACUUCAGCGCGAGCGGGAGUAUGUGGCAUCUGAGUUCUAUGCUCCACGGCUUGCAGCUGAGUCUCUUACGAUCUGGCGAUCCAAGCAUAACCAAGUGGUCAAGAUGGAAGGUUGGGCUCAAGAUGCUCGAUUCUAUUUCUUGAUGAAGAAGUCCAUGAAGCAAUGGCAUCAGGCCAAAGUGGACUCCGGCAAACGACGGCGGCAAGAAUCAUAUUCUAAAGUCCGGCGGCAUAUCAAGGUCAAUCUUGCGUCUAAGGCGUUAGCUGCCUGGUCAUCAAAAACUCGAAUCAUCAUGGAGAUGGAGCAACAAGCUGGUGAUGUUGAUCGCGAAAAAUUGCUUGCCGACACGUCCGAGAUAUUCGUCCAAUGGCACGACAAAACAACCAAGAGAAUUCAAGAUUGCCAGGAUGCCGAUGAUUCCUAUUUCCGACAACUCGCGUUCGACCAGAUGAUGCAAAUGUCCGAAACCUUCAUCAUUCGGCGUGAGAUGGAAGACCAAGCAGAUAAUGUACACCGAUUGCAUGUCCUACGACUGGCGGCAGCUUCUCUUCGCAAGCUCAGCCUUCGUAUCUUCCAGAUGGGCAGUACCGCCGAGACCUCCGAAGCCAUGCGGGAAAGGAAUCUGAGGAAGCACUCGAGAAACAUGUUCCGCGAUUGGGUGGACAAGGCCCGAAUGAAGCUGGAGGCUCGAGAUUCGGCCGGUCCAACCUUCACGCCUGCACGAAUGUCGACCUUUGGAAAUGGCGAUGGCGCCGGAUCAGCGAUGUUCGAUCCCUGGUAUCAAGAGCAGGCGGAAACACCUUUCAAAAUAAGUGACUUCACGGCGACAUCUCAGGCAACGUCCAAUGAUACGAUCGCUGCAAGCCCCUUAGCAACCCCCAAUUUCACGACCUCUCCCUCUAAACGAGCCGCCCGGGCGCGAGCCCUCGCCCAAAUGUCCACUACCCCCGCCACACCCUUACGCACACCCUUCGCAAGUCGACUACUUCGAGCCGGGACUACGACUGCUUUAUCCACCUCUUCCAAACGGCCACGGACUGGCCGGCGAAGCUCGGUGGGAAAUAGCGUCCGGUUUGUGGAUGAAGAACCUCCCGAGUCUCCGACAGAUGGUCGCAGAUCAGCGAAUCGACGAUCUUGA